AUGCGAUGUGGCCUACCAGUUCAGUCCACAGAUUAUGUUUAUCGAGUAUUUGCAAGCAUUUAUCACCUUCAUUGUUUUAAAUGUUUUUGUUGUGGACAUCUGUUCAAAAAAGGUGACCAUUACAUGUUGUUGGAUGGGCAAAUCAUUUGCAGACCAGACUAUGAACAUUUGUUAUGUCAAGCACCGAUGUGUCAAUCCCAUUUAUAUUUCGAUCAAAAUGAUUCGAAUCGAAAGACACCGAAAAGACCACGAACUAUCUUAAACACCCAGCAACGGAAAGCUUUCAAGCUAGCCUUCGAGAAGACAUCGAAACCAUGUCGAAAGGUGCGUGAGCAACUAGCAAAAGAAACAAAUUUAAGUGUAAGAGUUGUCCAAGUUUGGUUUCAAAAUCAACGUGCCAAACUGAAGAAAAUCCAGCGGAAACAGGAAAUAUCAGAAGCAAACGAUACAGCUUGUUCGGAGAUGGACAUUAAAUCCAAUGAUGAAUUAAAAUCCAAUUGCGAUUCUGUUGACGAGUUGGAUUCUGAAAACGAUGACGUUGAAGUUGACGACACAGGAAGUAAUGACGAGAAAGGAAAAGAGUCGAAUAAUCCAAUCGCGCAACUAUUUCAUAUGCAUGCUACUUAUUUCCUAGCAUGA